AGAUGUGAAUCUGACCAAUCAGAUUGGCGGAUUGCCUGAACAGCCAAUCAGGAGCCUCCUGACUUCGGAAGGUUAUUUUGAAGUUGCGAGAACGCGGAAGCGUUUGUUUUCUUCAAGAUUUUGUGGUGUAUUCUUUCAUCUAACGCGAUUUUUGACGAAAAUUGUAAGGUGUGUUGAUAAGUAAGCACCAGCAGCACCCAUUUGCAUGAUGUCCAGUACAGAUGACAGUAACGUCCCGUCGGUCCCGUCAGACUCCCCCGGGAGCUCCGUGUCUACAGGUAUGCAGGAGGAGUAUGAGGAACUGCUGAGAUAUGCUGUGGUCACACCUAAAAUAGACCCAAGCCUUCUUCCCAGACCCAUUGAGGAAAUCAGUGGUAUAGAAGAUGAGAGGUCAGAGGUCAACACAGGCACCCAGGCUGGGUUGUAUGAUGAGUCAUCAGUGACUACGGAGAGUUCUGAAGAAGCCACAGCGAGAAGGGUGGAAGAAAUGAAAGCCUUACGGAGAGAGGACCUGAUCAUGACUCUACCCAAGCCUGGUGCCCCCAAACCACAGCGCCCCACCAGUCUCCCAGCAUUCCUCAGUUCUCCCAGUACUACCCCAGGACAACCUCGUGUGUCAGCCAUCACCCCAGGCCUGUCCAUACGGUCCACUGAUGUUGCUCCACCAGAGACCCCACAGAGCGGGGAUUCCUCCACGGUCAGCGAGGGGUCUCCGUACAGCGAGCGGUCAGCACCAUCCCCGUCUGUUGACCAGGAUGUGGCCAGGAUAGAGGCUCAUCUGGACAACUGGGCAUUGGACCUCAAGAGGGGCAUUCUGGCUGAAUUCACGCAGGCCAAGAUUGCACUGAUUGAGAGACACAGGCAGGAAAUGAGAGAAGAGAAGGAAAGACAUGCCAGAGAAGUGAACCAGCUCCAGAAUGAGAUCGAGAGUCUGAAGGAACUGCUCCACACGUACGAACAGUCCAUCGAGCGGAAGGACCAGGUCAUCUCCAACCUGACCCAGGCACUGCAGAGACAGAAGGAGAAGUUUGACAUGCUGAGGGCCAUGGUACAGUGGAAACUACGCCAUGCAGACGAGAGGAGAGAGGCCUUUGCGAGUAACCUUGCUCGUAAGCACUACGAGCAGAAGAUCUCGUCCCGUGUGUGGGCGGCGUGGCACGGCAUCAUCGAGGCCAAGUGGAGACAGCGCGUAGAGCGGGCGUGUCAGGCCAAGGCCCAGGAG